AUGCUCCAGGGGGAGAAAUAUAGGAUGGUGAUAUCGCAUACUCUCAAUUCAGACGGUUCAGCUGUUACUGGCUACAUUUCUGGGGGCAAACAGAAAUCACUUGCGGACAAAUUUGAGUAUGUCAUGCACGGGCUGCUAUAUAAGAUGUCAGAAGAUAAAGAAAAGCAAAAUGAUGGAAGCAACACUGUUAAAGUGGUGGUAUAUAUUUCUUUUGGAGGGCUUCAGCUGAUGCUGAAAGGUGAUCCCUUGAAAAUGUACAAGUUCAGACUUGAUCAAAGGUUGUUUCUUCUCUUGAGGAAGAUUUGA